UUUUACUUUGUAGAAGAGUACAGGAGGUCUCCUAGAGGAGCUGAUCCAGCACUUGUGGAGCCUAUAGCGACCCAAUAUAUAGACCAGCUGGGAAUGUGUUCCAAAAUGCAAAGGUUUUCUUAUUGUAAGACUUUCUGGUGAGUGUGACAUGCCUGCCACAGUCUGUCCAGGCCGGAGAUAAUUAGCUCUCGUCUCACCCUCUGGAAUAAUGGCACUGAAUGUUCCUGGCUUGAUAGCAGUGAUUAUUUUCUAUGCAAUGACCCUGGCGACCGGCCUCUGGGCUGCCUGGAAAGCCAAAAAGAAUGAAAGGAAUAACACAGAGACGGAGGUGGCCAUCGUUGGAGGGAGAAACCUAAACUUGUUUGUUGGAGUCUUUACAACGACUGCGACAUGGGUUGGCGGUGCCUACAUCAAUGGUGCUGCGGAAAUUGUUUAUCUUCCUACCAAAGGAUUUGCCUGGGUUCACGCACCCAUAGGAUUUGCUGCAACGUUUUUCAUUGGUGCGAUGUUCUUUGUUAAGCCAAUGAGAUCUAAAAACUAUGUGACAAUGAUGGACCCUCUACAGGAAGCGUUUGGGGACAAAAUGGGAAGCGUUCUGUUUAUUCCACCACUUCUGGGCGACAUUUUUUGGUUUGCAUCAAUUUUGGCAUCUUUAGGAGCGACUGUCAGUGUCAUCCUGGAUGUGAAAGGCUUCUUAUCUAUUAUCAUAUCGGCGUGUACAGUCAUUCUGUACACUAUACUUGGAGGUCUGUAUUCCGUUGCUUACACAGAUGUUAUCCAGCUACUCUUCAUGAUAAUCAGUCUGUGGAUUUGUGUACCAUUUGCUCUUCUAAAUUCUGCAUCUGAAAACAUUGCUUACACAGCAGUGCAUAAACUGUACCAAGGGCCCUGGAUUGGUAACAUACAGCCAAAAUACAUUGCAAGAUGGCUGGAUGAUUUGGCAUACCUGAGUUUGGGUGGCAUUGCGUGGCAAACAUAUUUUCAGAGAGUUCUUGCUUCAUCGUCCUCCAAGAAAGCGAUGGUGACCUCCUACCUCUCAGGGAUUCUCUGUGCCGUCAUGGGUGUUCCGUCCAUUCUCAUUGGAGCAGUUGCCGCAUCCACAGACUGGAACCAGACUAUCUACGGCCUGCCAACACCCUAUGAGAGGAACGAGUCCAACAUGAUCCUUCCAUUGGUUCUGCAGUACCUGUGCCCAACUUACAUAUCUGUUGUUGGCCUAGGAGCCAUUGCGGCCGCCGUCAUGUCCUCUGCGGACUCGUCACUUCUAUCAGCCAGUUCCAUGUUUGCCUACAACAUCUACAAGAAGUUGCUAAGGAAAACGGCCUCAGACAGAGAAAUCCUGUGGGUCAUGCGCCUCUCGAUGGUCUUGCUCGGCUCCGCAGGCAUGGGGCUGGCAUUCCUCUCCAACUCUGUGUAUGACCUCUGGUUCCUGAGCGGAGAGCUGGUAUAUGCCGUGUUAUUCCCACAGCUCUGCUGCGCCCUCUUCGUCCCCGGCACCAACGCCUAUGGUUCCGCAGUGGGAUUUCUGUUGGGUCUGAUUCUGCGGCUCCUGGGAGGAGAAAACUCCCUGAAAAUCCCCCCAGCCCUCCACUACCCCGGUUGCGUCCUGGUGGAUGGUGUCUAUGUGCAGCUGUUCCCCUUCAAGACAUUCACUAUGUUGGCUAGUCUGAUCACCAUCAUCGUCACGUCGUAUCUGGCUCAGUACCUGCUCAUGAAGAAGAUACUGCCCAUUGAGUGGGACAUGGGCAAUGUAUUUCGGAAAGUGCCGUCUCCUACCCCUCAAUAUGAGCUGGAGCAGCAGGUGGGCCUGCAAACACCUGAGAACACGGAACCUCCUCCUGAUGACAUCUGCCAACACUUUUCCCAAAAAUAAUCGUGUAAGAUAAUUAUGCUGCUAUGUGUAUAUUUGCAGAACAGCAACCCGUUAUUUAAGCAUCAUGAGCAAAGUGCCUGAUUCAGAGGUAGACGCAUGGCUGCCAUAAGAAAUUGUGGGGCCCUGGACUGACCAAAUAGACAGGGCCCCUCCCUCCCCCCCAAAAAAUAUUCUGCCGCACUGCUCCAACCCUAUGUGAUGUCAUACAUUCUGACGUUACAUAUAGGUGGAGUGUUGUGGACCUAUAGGAACGGUUCACAGAGAGCUGAUGUGCAGAUAAGACUUGUUUUAAGAAGUCCUCCCUGAGCAUCCGCCUGCUGUUGAUUCACAGACCGGUGCAGCUCUACAGGUAUUGGCGGUAGGAGCCAGGGGUAAACCCCCUCCCUGUAAGGGCUCGGGACACCAGUCCCCACAGUCCCCCCCCCCCCAGUUGGCUGCCCUGGGUAGACGCAAUGGUGAUAUUUCACGAAUUUGAGCAUUUUUUUUGUAGUGUGCAUGCAUCACAGUCGCUGGAUUGCAUGAGCCAAGUUUGCAGAUGCAGGGCCCGGGUCUACGAUCGUUUCUAUAGCAGCACAUUGGGCAGUGAGAGAGAGGAGACUGCUGGUGCAGCAGUCCGCUCUCAUUGCCCGAUGUGCUGCUGGGCUAGGCUGCUCUACAGGCACAGCCAGCGGUAGUGGACAGAGAGGAAGGGUGUUCCCUGCACAGGGCUGUAUAUAGAAUGGAGGAGGCCCAUAUGCAGGUUCCAUCUGGGCCCCCUCCUCUCUAGCCGGCAGCGCUGUAGAGCUCUGGGCACUAAGGCCCCUAGGGGCCCCUAGCGUCCCAGAGACUAGAGUGCAUGCACAAAUCUCUGGGAAAAUGGCGUGUCAGCCAUUUUUCCAGUGAUUUUCCUACUGCGCAUGCAUGAAACACCGGGAAAAUGGAGCGGUGCCAUUUUCCCAGUGAUUUCUGCAGCGCUGCUGCUGCACCAUGGGACUCUGGAGGGUAAGUAUUAAAAAUAAUGGGUGCAGGGUGUGCGGUGUGGGCCCCUGGAUCCAUGCAGUGAACUCGUCACUCACUUAUAGUAAAACUACAAUCCUGUGUGUAGUUUUCCUCCUCUCUGCCACUUCCCCUAUGCAGUGGUGCCCGCAGCAUCAUCUCCUCCAUACCUCUUUCCUGUUCCCUCUGUGCUGUCCCCCCUGUCUUGGUCAUAUGACUUUUGUCCUGUCACUGUCCUGUCCUCUCUGUCCUGUCCUCACUGUAUUGUCCCAGUCCCCACUGUCAUAUCCCUGUCACCUCUGUCCCAGCGCUAUCACUCCUCUCUCCUGUCCCUAUCUUUUCUGACCUUGCCCUGUCACCUCUGUCCUGGUCAUGUCACUCCUCUCUCCUGUCCCCUCUGUUCUCUCCUGUCCUUGCUAGAUUUCAGUUUGAACACACCCCACCCAAAUCUAACUCUCCCUCGCAUGUUAUAUCUGCCCCCCCCCCCCCCUCCCCUGCAGUGCACAUGGUUUUGUCCAUUAGAGAAAAAUGUUGCUGUUGCAAUCAGGUCUGAAUUAGGCACUAAGGGGGUCAUUCUGAGUUGAUCGCUAGCUGCAUUUGUUUGCAGCGCAGCGAUCAGGCUAAAAAAUGUCAGUUCUGCGCAUGCGUAUGCGGCGCAAUGCGCACGCGCGAUGUACGGGCACAACGAACGAUGCAGUUUUGCACAAGGUCUAGUGAUGCAUUUCAGUCGCACUGGUGGCCGCAGAGUGAUUGACAUGAAGUGGGCGUUUCUGGGUGGCAACUGACCGUUUUCAGGGAGUGUUCGGAAAAACGCAGAAGUGUCAGGGAAAACGCAGGCGUGGCUGGGCGAACGCAGGGCGUGUUUGUGACGUCAAAUCCUGAACUGAAUAGUCUGAAGUGAUCGCAAGCGCUGAGUAGGUUUUGAGCUACUCUGAAACUACACAAAAAUUUUUUGCAGGCGCUCUGCGAUACAACCGUUCGCACUUCUGCUAAGCUAAAAUACACUCCCAGUGGGCGGCGGCAUAGCGUUUGCACAGCUGCUAAAAACUGCUAGCGAGCGAUCAACUCGGAAUGACCCCCUAUAUAGCAAUGGGACUUAAAAAUAUUCCUACAGAAACAUGUGUCUAGAGACUGCACUGUAUGUGCUUUACUUAGGUCAUAUAUCAGAUUUUUUAUCUAUUUUUGCGUUAAGUUUAUAUGGAUAUAAGAAAAUACUUAAUAUUUUUAAAGACUAGGUAUUAUUUUAAAACAAUAUUUAUCAUUUUUAGGUUGCUGAUUAAAGAAAAAAGUAUACUUCGUGUGGGAGGUGUGUAAUUCAAAAUAACUGUUGCGAUAACAAAUGCAUAAAGCAGGCGCAGCAUGUGCCUAAAAUAACGCAUACCUCCUAAUUGUCCCACUUUACAUGGGACCAUGCCGAAUCAUGGGGCCGAUACAUGUUUAUAUGGAAUUGCACAGCCACUUUCAUUGCGGCUGUGCAAUUCCAUGCAAAUAAAAUUCUAAUGCAGCAGGAGACGUCUGUCGGAGAUAGGCGCCUCCCAUUAGUGAGAAAAUGAGUGCUGCGUCUCAGUAUGCAAUCUCGGAUCACCAUCGCGGCCAUCGGUCGCAAUUCGCAAUGGUUGAAGCUUACUCAGGCUGGUUGUCAAAUCCGGAUACUCAGGUCCUAGAAGUCUGCGUGCAACGACUCGAUGCACACUCUAGACCCGUCACGCCUUCAAAAUGGGGCAACACGCCCCCUGUUUUGAAGAAUGGCGCCAGGUGCUGCCCCCCCCAUCCCCCCUGCUCCAUCCCCCAAACACCGCAGCACAGUGCUGUAACUAGACAUUAUAGCUCUGUGUGCGAGAAACAGCAUCAACGCCCCUCCCCAUAUUUAAAAUAGGCGUGCGACCAAAAUGUCGGGGUGUUCAUGGUGAAGAAUAAUACCAAUUCAUAUUAUGCUGCCCAGUAGUCUCCAUUAUUCAAAUUACACCGCACAGUAGCGCCACUUACAUUAUACCUGGUAGAGCCCCUUUUACACAUUAUGCCAGGUAGAGACCUAUUUUCCACAUUACUCCAGGUAGAGCCCUUAUCACACAUUACGCCAGGUAGAGUCCACUUUUCUACCUUUCAGCAGGCAGAGCUCCCUUUUACACAUUAUGGCAUGCAGAGCUCCCUUUUACACAUUACGGCAGGCAGAGCUCCCUUUUACACAUUACAGCAGGCAGAGCUCCCUUUUACACAUUAUGGCAUGCAGAGCUCCCUUUUACACAUUACGGCAGGCAGAGCUCCCUUUUACACAUUACAGCAGGCAGAGCUCCCUUUUACACAUUACGGCAGGUAGAGCUCCCUUUUACACAUUUCAGCAGGUCGAGUCCCCUUUUACACAUUAUGGCACGUAGAGCACUUUACAUCGCCUCCUACCCUUAGGGUGUAAUAUAGUGUACAGUAGUGUAGGGUAGUGUACUGUAGUGUAAUGUAGUGUACUGUAGUGUUGUGUCGAGUAGUGUACUGUAGUGUAGUGUACUGUAGUGUAGAGUAGUGUAGUGUGUAGGAAGCCACUUACAUGAUUUCUCCUUCUUCCUGCGCUGCUGCCAGCUCCUGACAUGGCGCUCCCCCUGCACACUGCAUUGCAGGCCAAGAGAGGGGCGGGCCGAGGGAGCGGAGCGCACAGUGGAUUUACUGGCGGCCAGCGCUUCCGCUGACUAAAUGCGGCAGAGGCUCCCGCUGGUCAGAGCUUGGGGUGCCAGAUGCUGCAAGAGUGCACAGGGGAGCGGGAACGGGAGGAGCGGGAACGGGAGGAGCGGCUGUCGGCAGGUGGAAUAUGCGGCCCCCUCAGGGUGUAUGUAGAAGUGCGCCUACAGGGCAAAUGCUUUGUGGGCAAUGCACCUUCUGCACACACCUAGUUACGGCCCUGCCGCAGCAUGUCAAUCAUCUGCAGCUGACCAGGGACUGCGAGCGACAUCACAGAACCCGUUCUGCACAUGCAAAGUUCCCCAAACAUCAUACAAAUAUGAAUCAGGCCCCAUGUGCAACCAACAGGCAGGCGUGAGCUAAAGUGGACGAUUCUGGAAGAAGCGAGCAAGGUGUGGGGCGAUAGGGCGGGGCUUAUUUUGUCCAAAUUCUGAAUUGUAAAUAUUGGGAGAUACAUGUAAUCUAAAAACAUUCAGUCUGCUGACAAAAAUGGAGUCCGGCGUCUGUGUCUGUGAGGAAGAGAAUUUAGACUGUGAGCUCUCAUGGGGCAAGGACUGAUGUGAAUGAUUCAGUAUCCUCUGUACAACAUCGCAGAAUAUGGUGGCGCCAUUUAUAUAAACAAUGAUAAAUAAGAAUAAUAAGGUGCAUUAAAGGUUUAAAACAGA